UAUCCUCCGCGAAGCAGAAUUUUGAUUCCGCUGCAAGCGAGUUUCGCACCGGAGCUGCUCAGGAUGCUUCCUACUUGACUUACAUCGGUGUCGGCAUGGCUGUAUGUACUUGGAUUUACAUGUAUCUAUGGAUAUACACCGGCGAGAUCAACGCGAAGCGCAUUCGUGAGAGAUACCUUCAAGCCAUCCUCCGACAAGACGUUGCAUAUUUUGAUAACAUCGGAGCUGGUGAAGUGGCCACUCGCAUUCAAACUGAUACCCACCUAGUCCAACAAGGGAUAUCGGAGAAGGUCGCCCUCGUAGUCAGCUUUCUCAGUGCUUUCCUCACUGGUUUCAUUCUUGCGUUUACCCAGUCUUGGCGGCUGGCUCUUGCGAUGUCAUCUAUCCUCCCAUGCAUAGGGGUAACCGGCGCUGUUAUGAACAAAUUUGUGGCCAAAUACUCGCAGGAAGCGCUUCAGUAUGUCGCUGAGAGUGGUACCAUCGCCGAGGAAGUCAUUUCUACCAUCCGGACUGCACAGGCUUUUGGUUCGCAAAAAAUGUUGGGAUCUCUCUUCGACAAGAAGAUAGGUUCGGUUCGGACCUUGAACGCGAAGUCUGCCACCUGGCAUGGGUGCGGUUUGGGAGUCUUUUUCUUCAUCAUUUAUUCUUCUUACGCACUUGCUUUCGAUUUCGGUACAACUCUGAUCAACGAAGGUCAUGCCACCGCUGGACAAGUUGUUAACGUCUUCAUGUCCAUCCUCAUCGGUUCAUUUUCUCUGGCUAUGAUGGCACCAGAAGCACGAGCUUUAACUAACGCCCGUGGAGCAGCAGCAAAAUUAUUUGCUACUAUCGAGCGCGUGCCUGACAUUGAUUCUGCCAGCCCUGACGGACUCAAGCCCGAGAAGGUCGUCGGCGAGAUAACCCUAGAGGGUGUGCGAUUCAGUUAUCCCGCUCGAUCCGAUGUUCCAAUUCUCAAAGGCGUCGACUUAACUUUCGAGGCCGGAAAAACAGCCGCUCUUGUGGGGGCUUCCGGCUCCGGCAAGUCGACCAUCAUUUCGCUUAUCGAGCGUUUCUACGACCCUCUCGACGGUACUGUCAAGCUCGAUGGGGUGGAUAUCCGCGACCUGAACAUAAAAUGGCUCCGCUCACAGAUCGGCCUGGUUUCCCAAGAACCUGUGCUCUUCGCGACCACCAUUAGAGCUAACGUUGCUUACGGCCUCAUCGGCACUCCUUUCGAACAUGCAUCAGAAGACGAAAAGUUCAAACUGAUCAAGGAGGCCUGUAUCAAGUCCAACGCCGAUGGCUUUAUCAGUAAAUUGCCCCAAGGCUACGAUACUAUGGUCGGCGAGCGUGGAUUCCUUCUUUCUGGUGGCCAGAAGCAACGCGUGGCGAUCGCGCGCGCAAUCGUUUCUGACCCACGAAUUCUUCUGCUUGACGAGGCAACUAGCGCUCUCGAUACACGGUCGGAAGGUGUGGUGCAGGAUGCUCUUGAUAAAGCAUCCGCUGGACGAACGACGAUUGCAAUUGCUCACCGACUGUCGACGAUCAAGGGAGCCGACCAGAUCUUUGUUAUGGGGGAAGGUGUCGUCUUGGAACAAGGAACACACGAGGAACUCAUCACCAGCAACGGAGCGUACGCGCGCCUCGUCCAAGCUCAGAAACUCCGGGAAAGCAAAGAAGAGCUAGGCGACACGGACAUCGCAGUGGUUAGCAGCGCAGCAGACAAGGAAAAGGCCGUUGAAGAUGAAGUCCCACUCGGCCGCCGCGAUACUCACCAUUCCGUGACGUCAGAACUGGCCCGUCGGAAGAACGAAGAGAGGGGAAAAGCUGAAGUCGACGAGAACUCGUAUGGCGUACUGUAUCUUUUCAGACGCAUUGGGAGCCUGAACCCGGAUGGUUAUCGUUUAUAUCUCAUCGGCUUAUUAGCAGCAAUGACGACUGGCAUGGUAUUCCCAGUGUUCGCCAUCAUUUAUGCCAAGGCGAUCGACGGGUUCUCCCAAACUGACCCUUCUGUAAGGCGCCACGACGGGAACAUGAAUGCUCUGUGGUUCUUUAUCGUGGCUAUAGUCUCAUCCGUGGUUAUUGCGAUUCAAAACUAUGUCUUUGCUCUAGCUGCGUCCGAGUUGACAACGAAACUUCGAACCCUCAGUUUCCGUGCGAUUCUUCGCCAAGAUAUUCACUUCUUUGACAGAGUUGAGAACAAUACGGGCACGCUCACAUCUAGAGUGAAUGAUUACCCACAAAAGGUCGAGGGUUUAGCUGGAGUUACUCUUGGAACUAUCAUCCAAGCCAUCACGACUUUGAUUGGUGGUGCAGUCAUUGGUUUGGCAUACGCAUGGAAACCAGCUCUCGUUGGAAUGGCUUGCAUCCCUCUCGUCUUCUCCGCGGGUUUCAUCCGACUUCGCGUGGUUGUUCUUAAAGAUCAGCAGAACAAGGCUGCACACGAUGACUCUGCCAAGCUUGCAUGCGAGGCCGCUGGUGCCAUUCGUACUGUUGCCUCGCUUACCCGUGAAGAUGACUGCCUCAAAUUAUACUCAAGCAGUCUGGAGGAGCCUCUCAGGAACUCAAAGAAGAGUGCGAUCUGGAGCAAUCUGGUCUACGCAUUUUCUCAGUCUUCUACGUUCUGGGUGAUCGCCCUCGUCUUCUGGUACGGAUCCAGGCUCGUCUCCACUUUGGAAAUAUCAACUACCAAUUUCUUCACUGCUCUCAUGGGUGUUGUCUUCGGAGCCAUGCAAGCUGGGAACGUCUUCUCGUUCGUACCCGACAUCUCCUCAGCGCGUGGUGCAGGUGCAGCCAUUAUCAAGUUACUGGACUCCACCCCCGAGAUCGACGCUGAAGCUUCCGAAGGGAAAACAUUCGAGAAGCGAACCGUCGAGGGUCAGAUUCACUUGGAAGACGUUCAUUUCCGUUACCCGACAAGGCCUACCAUUCCCGUCCUUCGUGGCCUGAACCUGACGGUUGCACCAGGCACCUACGUUGCACUAGUCGGUGCGAGUGGUUGCGGAAAGAGUACUGUCAUUCAAUUGAUCGAGCGUUUCUACGAUCCUGUAGUCGGUCAAGUUCUCCUUGACGGUCAACCUAUCAACGAGUUCAAUAUCCAGGAGUAUAGGAAACAGAUCGCAUUGGUUUCGCAGGAACCUACACUCUAUGCUGGUACCAUCCGUUUCAAUAUCUUGCUCGGUGCAAGCAAGCCGACUUCCGAAGUUACCCAAGAGGAAAUCGAGGCCGCAUGCCGGGAUGCUAACAUUUUAGAUUUUAUCCGGUCAUUGCCAAACGGCUUUGAUACUGAAGUUGGUGGCAAGGGUUCACAGCUUUCGGGUGGUCAAAAGCAACGAAUUGCCAUCGCUCGGGCUCUUCUUCGCAAUCCCAAGGUCCUCCUGUUGGACGAGGCAACGUCUGCUCUCGAUUCCACCUCGGAGAAGGUUGUUCAAGAAGCCCUCGAUAGUGCUGCAAAAGGCCGAACGACAAUCGCCAUUGCCCACCGCCUGUCUACUAUCCAGAAUGCAGACUGCAUUUACUUUAUCAAGGAAGGUCGUGUCAGCGAAGCUGGUACCCACGAUGAACUUCUUGCAUUGAGAGGAGAUUAUUAUGAAUACGUUCAGCUGCAGGUCCUAAAGACAUAAACGAUUCGGCAGGACAUUCGAUGCGUAUAGACAGGAUUACAGGAUUUUAUGACCACGUCCACAGCAAUACCUAUCACACAUGGCUCCCCAUCUGAGUUACUGUACUUGUAAUUGAUAACUCAAACCGUAUACAUCUCUAUUACCUACGAAGAUCCAAUCAUCUGGGUCAUUGCUACCAAGGCCUAGCUGUACUUUACUAUUACCUAUUUUGGAAGGCCUGUUUGCAAGUGUUUUGUCUCUUGCCUUGCAAUCUGGAACCAAGUUCAUGCCACGGAAAGUCAG